ACGAGUGGAGCAAACCGUGCGCAUGCGCACUGUCUACGGCGUGCUACAAUAGUGUGGCACAAGCCUGACUGAACAUUAACGCCGUUUUUCAUUUUCUAAAACGUUUUAAGUCAUCAUGAAAACAAGGUUUACCACGGCGGACAUUAGGGCUGCUAUCGCCGAGAUAAAUGCUAACUAUAUGGGCAUGAGGGUGAACAACGUGUACGACAUAGACAACAAGACGUACCUCAUCCGGCUACAAAAGCCUGACAGCAAAGCCGUUCUCCUGCUUGAAUCCGGAAUUCGGAUUCAUUCCACAGACUUCGAAUGGCCCAAGAAUAUGAUGCCAUCAGGCUUUGCCAUGAAAUGUCGUAAGCACCUGAAGACGCGGCGGCUGACUCAGGUGAAGCAGCUCGGCAUGGACAGAAUCGUUGACCUCCAGUUUGGCUCGGAAGAGGCCGCCUACCACCUCAUUGUCGAACUCUACGACCGGGGUAACAUCAUUCUCGCCGACCACGAGUACACCAUCCUCAACCUGCUGCGCUUUCGCAACGCCGAGGCGGAAGACGUCAAGAUCGCCGUGCGGGAGCGCUAUCCCGUGGAAAGCGCGAGACCUCCAGAACCACUCAUCACGUUACAACGACUCACUGAAAUCAUCAGUCAAGCACAGAAUGGAGAGCAAGUGAAAAGAGUUCUGAACCCUCACCUUACCUACGGAGCAACUCUCUUAGAACACUGUUUCAUCGAAGCCGGACUGUCUGGCUCAGUGAAAGUCGACAGUCAAGUGGAUGCUUCCCAAGUUGCACCUAAAAUCCUGGAAGCCUUGCAGAUGGCCGAGAUGUACAUGGAGAAAACGGAGAACUUCAGUGGCAAAGGCUUCAUCAUUCAAAAGAGUGAAAAGAAAGCAAGUUUAACGCCUGGGAAAGCCAGCGAAGAGCUACUCACAUACGAUGAAUUCCACCCGUUCCUCUUUGCCCAGCAUUUAAAAACUCCCUACUUGGAAUUUGAGUCCUUCAACAAGGCAGUGGAUGAGUUCUUCUCCAAGAUGGAGAGCCAGAAGAUCGACAUGAAGGCUUUGCAGCAGGAGAAGCAGGCCCUGAAGAAGCUGGAGAACGUCCGGCGGGACCACGAGCAGAGACUGGAGGCCUUGCAUCAAGUUCAGGAAGUGGAUCGAGUGAAAGGUGAGCUGGUGGAGAUGAACCUGGCCGUGGUGGAGAGGGCGCUGCAGGUGAUCCGCAGCGCCCUGGCCAACCAGGUUGACUGGACCGAGAUCGGCGUGCUGGUCAAGGAGGCGCAGGCCGCCGGCGACCCCGUGGCGUGUGCCAUCAAGGACCUCAAGUUGCAGACCAACCACAUCACCAUGCUUUUAAAGAAUCCUUACAUCACUGAAGAGGAACAGGAGGAGGAGGAAGAGUUGAAGGAGGCCCCGCAAGAGAAGGGCAAGAAAAACAAAAAUAAAGACAAAGGUCAGAAUAGGAAGCUGCAGAGGAACAAGCCCAUGCUGGUGGAUGUGGAUCUUAGCCUGUCGGCCUACGCCAAUGCAAAAAAGUACUACGACUGCAAGCGCAGUGCUGAAAAGAAGGAACAGAAGACCAUUCAAGCAGCAGACAAGGCCAUGAAAUCGGCAGAGAAAAAGACCCAGCAAACCUUGAAGGAGGUCCAGACGGUGACCACCAUUCAGAAGGCCAGGAAGGUCUACUGGUUUGAGAAGUUCCUGUGGUUCAUCACGUCGGAGAACUACCUCGUCAUCGCCGGGCGAGACCAGCAGCAGAAUGAGAUGAUCGUCAAGCGCUACCUGCGGGCCGGUGACAUCUAUGUCCACGCCGACCUCCAUGGCGCCACCAGCUGUGUCAUCAAAAACCCUGCAGGCAGUCCCAUCCCCCCUCGCACGCUGACCGAGGCGGGCACCAUGUCGGUAUGCUACAGUGCUGCCUGGGAUGCCAAGAUCGUCACCAGCGCUUGGUGGGUCCACCAUCAUCAGGUGUCCAAGACUGCGCCUACAGGAGAGUACCUGACCACUGGCAGCUUUAUGAUCAGGGGAAAAAAAAACUAUCUGCCGCCUUCCUACUUGAUUAUGGGCUUUGGCUUCCUCUUCAAGGUAGACGAGCAAAGUGUGUUCCGUCACAGAGGCGAGCGCAAGGUAAAGUCGGUAGAGGAGGACGUGGAGGAAAUGGCGUCCAGAACGGCCGAGAUGUUGGAAGAAGGGGAGGAGCUCUUAGGUGACGAUAGCGGCGCCGAAGACGGAGCGGAGGAUAAGAAAGAAGAGCACGAGACCGGGGACUGCGAUGGAAAAGAUGCGGCGGAGAUGGCGGAUGUGGACGGAACGACGUCAGAGCGCAGCGAUUCCGACGGCGAAGACGACGACGACAGGAAGGAGAGCAAACCGGAAAUCAGUGAGGAGUUAAGCUACCCUGACACCACCAUCACCCUCACUCACCUGCAGCCCAUCAGGAACUCUCAAAACGUCACUUUCAAGAAAGAAGCCGCCUCUCAGUCCGACGUCGACACGCAAGGAAGGAAGCACAUGACUGCUAAGCAGAGACGCGAUGAGAAGAAGAAGAAGCAGAAACAGGAAGUGAGCGAACCAGAAAAGAAGACUGAGCUUGCGCCCGCUGAACAGGAAGAGGACCGGGGAUCCAAAAGUGGCAGCGGACCGCCGCAGCUGCCGCUGAAGAGAGGCCAAAAGAACAAGCUGAAAAAGAUGAAGGAGAAGUAUAAGGACCAGGACGAAGAAGACCGCGAGCUCAUGAUGCAGCUGCUUGGGUCGGCCGGUGCGAGCAAGGACGAGAAAGACAAAGCUAAGAAAGGCAAGAAGGGGAAGGGCAAAGAGGAGCCCCCGAGGAAGCCCCCUCCUCAGAAGCCCCCUCCCAAACCUCGCCAGAUGAUGGUGACAACCGUCACGAAACCGGAGCAGAUGGCCCCGGAUGGCGAGGAGGCGGCUUCCGCGGAGCAAGAGGACAAGGAGGACGACGUGGAUGCAGACAACCCUGGGGCAGAGGAAGCAGAGAACCUCCUCACUUCGCUGACAGGCCAACCUCACCCCGAGGACGUGCUGUUGUUUGCGGUGCCCGUGUGCGCCCCCUACACCGCACUUUCUAACUGCAAGCACAAAGUUAAACUGACUCCAGGCUCACAAAAGAAAGGCAAAGCCGCCCGCACCGCACUUUUGAGCUUCAUGAAAUCCAAGGAGGCUUCUGUAAGAGAAAAGGACUUGCUACGCAGCGUCAAGGAUGCCGAUCUGUCCAGAAACAUGCCUGGCAAAGUCAAAGUGUCCGCUCCAAACCUGCUGGCUGCCAAGAGAAAAUAAGACACUGUGCUACGCGGUGAAAACGCCACCUACUUUUCGAUACUUGGACAUAUGAAAGUGGACCUAUCAUGAUCAAAAUCAUUCUUUGAGCUGCAGA